AUGAUAGACAUUCUCAUUGACCAGGCUGCCACAACAAGCACAGCCUCCAGCUUCAGCUUCAGCUCGACAGCCACCCCAGCUACCUCGACCACAACCUUUGGGGGCUUCAACUUCAGCAGUACACCAGCUGCCACCAGUGCGAGUGGCUUUUCGUUAGGUGGCGCAACACAGAGUACAGGGACCACAGGCUUCAGUCUCGGGGGAACCAGCCUGGCCCCCACAGCUACCUCAAGCGCAGCAGGCACCUCCUCCGGCUUCUCCUUCACAGGUCUUGGAGGAGCCACAGCAACCUCAGCUGCUCCUGCAACAGAUUUUUCAGCUGGAUUAGGCGGUGCACAAGCCCUGCAGACCUCACAGGCACCCAAGCUUGGAGGCGGCUUUGGGUUCACAAGUUUACAGACCACAACCACCACCACAAGUUCCACUGGCCUUGGGGGUAUCAACAUAGGACUUGGAGGGGCACAACCUCCAUCAGCCAGUGCAGGGACCAACAAUGUAGGAGCAAAACCAGAUGGCAAGUCUGCAAAGGAGCAGCUUUUAACAAAUGACUUGUUUGGGACCAUUGCACUCUUCGAAUCUCGCCGGGAUGCAGAGAACUCGGCUUCAGAGGAGAACAUCCGACAGACAGCUGCUCCCUUCCAUAAGGUGGCCAAGAAAGCGACAGAGAUCCAGCAGCUGCUUGCCGAGCUGGCUAGCGAGUACCAGCAGCUGCAUACCAGUGCUGUGAAUCUCAAG